CCCCUGGCCAGAGAGCUUACCUCAGUGGUGAAGUCAGCCUGUGUUCAUUUGAGCUUUGGUCAUGUCUGGAGUGUCUGGUGUUGGACUACUGGUCUGCCUCUGGUUGGCCUCUGGUCAGGGAGAUUUACUCAUUCCGGGACAAAAUGGACCUCUUGGGGAAGCAGGACGUCCUGUCAAGACCCAUCAGAAAAGAAGUACAGCAGACGUCACGGUGGAGGUGUACAGCGUGACGGUGGACUGCACGGUGGCGUCGCGUUUCGCUCACACCGUCAUGACCUCCAAGGCUCUGAACAAAGCCAACGUCUCGAAGGAAAUCUUCUUCGAAGUCGACCUCCCAAAGACGGCCUUCAUCACCAACUUCAGCAUGGAAAUUGAUGGCCAAGUUUAUGUCGGGGAGGUGAAGGAGAAAGAAAAGGCCAAAAAACAGUACGAGAAGGCGGUUUCUUCUGGACAGACUGCAGGACUGGUCAAGGUUUCUGGGAGGAAGAUGGAGAAGUUCUCUGUGUCGGUCAACGUCGCAGCACAAAGUAAUGUCACUUUUGUUUUGACCUACGAGGAGCUCCUUCAGCGGCAACGUGGUCAGUAUGAGAUUCUGACCCGAGUGAAACCCAAACAAGUGGUCCAGGAGUUUCAGAUUGUGGCAAACAUCUACGAACCCCAGGGCAUUGACCACGUGGAUGCCCAUGCAACGUUCCUCUCCAACGAGCUGCUCCCUCUGGUGGAGAAAACCGUCUCAGAAAAGAAGGCACACAUUUCCUUCUCACCGACGGUGGACCAGCAGAGGCAAUGUCCAGGUUGUGCUGGGAGUCUGAUCGAUGGAGAUUUUGUUAUUAAGUACGAUGUGAAGCAUGACACCAGCCUGGGGGACAUUCAGGUCGUCAAUGGAUACUUUGUGCACUUCUUUGCCCCACCCGACCUGCCCAGGGUGCCAACAAAUGUAGUGUUUGUUAUUGAUAGAAGCGGCUCAAUGUAUGGAGAUAAAAUCCGACAGACUCGUGAGGCGAUGUUGGAGAUCCUUGAAGACCUCAAGGAGGAUGACUGCUUUGCCAUCAUCGUGUUUGACGACCAAAUUAAUCCGUGGAAGGAAACACUGAUCAAAGCGACAAAGGAGAAUGUGGAUUCAGCCAGGAGUUACGUCCAAAGGAUAAAUGACAACGGAGGCACGAACAUUAACGACGCCGUGCUGACGGCUGUGAAGAUGUUACAGACAGACAAGGCAGAGAAGAGGAUCCCAGAGAGAAGCGCGGAUAUGAUCAUUUUACUCACUGACGGGAUGCCGAAUGUGGGUGAGUCCGACCCCCAGAGGAUCCAGGAAAAUGUGCAAUUUGCCAAUAAUGGAAGCAUGUCCGUGUUCAGCCUCGGAUUUGGAGACAAUGUCGACUACGGCUUCUUGAAUGUGCUGAGCCAGCAAAACAAGGGACUGGCUCGCAGGAUCUUUGAGGGCUCAGACGCAGCUCUUCAACUCCAGAAUUUCUACGAAGAAGUGGCCAGCCCACUGCUUUCAGAAGUGAAUCUUCGUUACCCUGACAACGCAGUGGACAAAAUCACCACCAACCACUUCAGCCAGUUGUAUAACGGCUCAGAGAUCGUGGUGGCGGGGCUACUGUUGGACAACGACCUGGACAACUUCCUGGUGGAAGUGGUUGCCCAGGGGAGUGAAGAUAACUUCCAGGUGCAGGGCAAGGCCAGCGCUCUGGACUGGGGCACUAUUUACCCCGAUGAAGAGUACAUCUUUGGGGAUUUCACGGAGCGCUUGUGGGCUUACCUUACCAUCCAGCAGCUACUGGAGAAAAGUAAGAGUGGUGACCAGGAUGAGAAAAGUAACGCUACAGCCAAGGCCCUGGACAUGUCCCUGAAGUACAGUUUUGUCACCCCUCUCACGUCCAUGGUGGUCACCAAGCCUGAAGAUGAGGAUAAACCAGACGGCCCCCUCAUUGCUAAUAAACUGACUGAGGAGGAAAGACAACAGGCAGAAAGAGUUUCAUAUCAACAUACCCCCAGCUAUCACUAUGCCAGCUCACCAACAUAUUUUGUGGAUGGAGACCCUCAUUUCAUCAUAGAGCUCCCAGACAGGGACGAUGCUCUGUGCUUUAACAUCAACGACAAACCAGGAACAAUUUUCAACCUGGUUAAAGACCCAAAGUCAGGUAUUUUGGUGAAUGGCCAGAUCAUUGGAGACAAGCAAAUGCCUCCCGAUGGUAAAAUGAACACCUACUUCUGGCGUUUUGGCAUCAUUCAGCAAAGGCUGGGGCUAAGAUUGGAGGUGAGCACCAACAGCAUCUUAGUGCUCCAAGACGGCGAGCGGGUCAGGUUGCAGUGGUCGAACACAACCACCCUCAAAAGAGACAACGUGGAUCUUCUCCUGACCAAAGACCGCAGCCUAACAAUAACUCUCAAAGAUUCUGUCAAGUUUGUGAUCUUGCUCCACAAGGUCUGGAAGAAGCACCCAUACCAUCGGGACUAUUUGGGUUUCUACACUGUGGACACACACCUGCUGUCCCCUUCUGUUCACGGUUUGCUCGGUCAGUUUUACCGCGGGAUUGAGUAUGAGGUCACAAACUUGCAUCCAGGAGAAGUCCCAGAGAAACCAGAUGCCACCAUGUUCAUUAAAGGACAAGAGCUUAAUGUGACCAGAGGCUGGCAAAGAGACUUCAAGAGAGACGUGAAGAACGGAGAGAAUGUUCCCUGUUGGUUCAUUCAUAAUAAUGGAACUGGUCUCAUUGAUGGAGAGGUCUCUGACUACAUAGUGUCUGGUCUCUUUAAAACUCUUUAGAAAUGUUAGUUUCUAAUGAGAAAAGUUGUUUAAUUGUCACUAUCACUGUUUCCCCAUCAAGUACCAAAUUAGAAUCCAAGUAGUCUAUAUCACACACAUGGAUGCCAACGGAAAUACUCAUCAGUGUUGUCUUGAGUUUUACAAUAUUUUCCUGCAUUACACUGAUUAUUGUACCCUUUUUGGCCCAGACCGGUCAGGCAAUCCACAAUAAAUGUAGAUCUUCCA